AUGCCCUCCCAAGAAACAAUAGACCGCAACACGCGCGCCGUCAAGGACGCCCUGAAGCGGGAGGGCAACCGGCGCUGCGCGGACUGCGCGGCGCGCGGCCCGACCGUCGCCUGCAUCGCCUUCCGCACCUUCGUCUGCCAGCCCUGCGCGAACGCGCACCGCGAGCUCUUUCCCGACAACAAGCUGAAGAGCGUGUCGCUCGCCGAGUUCGAGACGGACGAGGUGCGAGGUUUACGGCAGCACGGGAAUGAAGCUUCAAGAAAAAUUUGGCUCGCGCGCUGGUCUCAAAGCGACGGCGAGCCGCCGGCGGGCGCGCCGCGCGAAGCUUUAAAACGGUUCCUGUCGCGCAAGUACGUCGACAAGGCCUGGGUCGCGGGCGGCCAACCGGCGCCGCCGCCGGUCCCCGCGCCGCGCCCCGUGGCGCCUCCACCAGCACCAGUCUUCGCCGCGGCGCCGCCGCCCGCGCCACCAAAACCGGCGCCGCCCGCGGACGGCCGCCGCCGCAUCUCCAUCUCGUUCGGCGCCAAGAAGAAGGGCACUCCCGAGCCCCAGGGCUUCGCGACGACGCACCGCGGCGCCGCGGCGGCGCCGGCGCCCCAGUUUAAUGUGGCGCCGCGCGCCGCCGCGCCGACGGACGCGCGCGACGCCGAGAUCGCUCGUUUAAGAGCAGAGAACGCCCGGCUCCAGGCGCAGCCGCCGCCGAGCGCCCCGGAUCUUUUUGGAGACGCCUUCGCCGCGCCGCCCGCGUCCCAGCCGGCCGUCGCCCUGGCGCCGCCGCCGGCCGCGCAGCCGUUCGCGCUGGCGCCGCCGCCCGCCGCGCCCGCCGCGCAGCCGGCCUUCGCGCUGGCGCCGCCGCCCGGCGCGCCGGCGCCGCCCGCGGCCGCGCCGGACCCCUUCGCGUCGCCACCAGCGGCCGCGGACCCGUUCGCCGCGCCGGCCGCGGACCCGUUCGCGAUGGCCCCGGUCCAGGCCGCGCUGCCCGGCUCGCCGCCGACGCGGCCGUCGCCUGCGGGGUCCUGGAGCCUGACGCCGCCGCCCCAGGGGUCGCCGAACGGCGCGCCGGCCAUGGCGAUGCCCUCGCCGCCGACGGCGCCGACACGCGCGUCGCCCUCCGGCUCCUUCGCGAUGGCCGCGCCGCCGGCAGCGGGCGCGAUGGCUCCACAGACGCGCAACUCGCCCUCGGGCUCGUGGAGCGCCAUGGCCGCGCCCCCGGUUUCCAACGCCAUGCCGUCUCCAUCAAGCAUGAUGGCGCCGCCCCCCCAGACGCGCGCGUCGCCGUCGGGCUCCUGGAACGCUUCGGCGCCCGCUUCAGCGCCCGUGGGCCCGGCGCCCGGCUCAAUAGCUCUAGCGGCGGCGCCGAACGGUGCGCUGGAGAAGGUCACCAUCCUCCAGGCCCAGGGCUCCGGAAUACUAGUGAAGGGCCGCAACGACGCGCAACGCGUCGUGCCGUCCGUCACCGAACUAACAAAGACGCCGCCGACGCAAGGGUCCAAAGCUUACUACGAGAUGAUGGGCAAAAUUGAACAGUGCACGGUCACGACGGUCCACACGGACGCCGCCGAGCCCUACUACACCGUUACCUUAACAAACGGGUCCACGCGCACGACGGAGGCGGCGCACGUCCUCGUGCCCGCCUCGCCGCCGCCAGCGUCCUCACAAAAGGCGUCCGCGGACCCCUUCGCCGAGCUCACGGGCGGUGGGGUCUCGGCCAACAGCAACGGCAAGACCGCCCCGUUUCAACCGAACGACCGCGUCCUCUACAAGCCGCCCAAGGGCUCCACUUUACCACCCGAGAAGGCGACGGUCCUCAAGGUCCACUGGGACGCCGGCGAUCCUCCCUAUUAUUCGAUCCAGCUCGACUCGACGGGUGCGGAAAGACAGACGGACGCCCAACGGUUGGAGAAGUUCGUGCCCGACUACAACGCGGGCGCCGCGGCGCCGCCGCCGACGCUGGAUUGGCCCCAAGUGCAACAGCCGGCCAUGGGCUUCCAGCAGGGUUAUGCCCAGCAGCAGCCGCAGUUUGUACAGCAGCAAUCGGGUUAUCCGCAGCAGGGUUAUCCUCAGCAGCAGCAGGGCUUCCCGCCGCAGCAGGGCUAUCCUCAACAGCAGCCGGGCGGCUUCCCUCAGCAGCAGCAACAGGCUUUCCCGCCGCAGCAGUUUGGAGGCGCGUUCGGCGGCCAACCGCAGCAGGGAUUCCAGCAACAACCGGGCUUCCCGCCGCCGCAGCAGCAGGGCUUCCCGCCGCAGAUGAACAUGCAGCAGCAGCAGUUCCCGGGCGGCUUUCCGGGGCAGGGGUUCUGAGCCGUCGGCCGCGUCCGUCCCGUCCGUCUUAAAUUGUUAGUGAAUCAC